GGAGACUUUACACCUCGCAAUAACUGUUGAAUUCGAGCGAAACAAUCCUGCAGGGUUGUGUAGUUUCAGGUGUCUGCGGUGCUUCUGGUUGGGCACAAGAAUAAAAGUAAACGAUGUCUAUAAGCAUCCAGAGACAGGAGCAGGUGGAGAAGAAGUACGACCCGCUGGACAGCACCCUGCACUUUGUGGACAGGAGGGACGACUUGGAUCCAGUGUGUGAUGAUGAUGAUGAUGAUAGUCUCAGAGCGGAGAUGUCCUGCGGCCACGCCGUCACUCCGGACUCUCUCACACUGUGGUGCCGCAGCCAGCUGGAUGAGGGCAUAUACAAAUUCAGAUGCCCUGCAGUGGUGGAAGGGACCAAACAGUGCAACAAGCUGUGGUCGUACCAGGAGGUGCGUAGACUGGCUGAUCUGUCUGUUGAGGAGAUGCAGCACUUUGAAGAGACCAUGGCUUGCCUGGCUGCUGCAGGAUACUUUGAGAUCCAGCCGUGCCCGCAGUGCAAAACGAAGGUGGAGAGGAAAGAUCUGGGCAACCUGUGUGUCCGGUGCACCAUCUGCUCAGCUGAUCAGAAGAAGACCUACCAGUUCUGCUGGCAGUGUCAGAGGGAGUGGAAAGGUCCAGGUCCUCGAUCAGACCGCUGCGGCAACAACGACUGCAUCAACAGAGACCUGCAGCUCCUGCAGACCUGUACGACCAUCAGCCUUCCUGCGGUGGAGGGGGUCUCCAGCUGCCCCUCUGUCAGAGCCUGUCCCACAUGUGGCAUGAAGGUGGAACACAGCCAACAGUUCUGCAAAAACAUCAACUGUCCUCGCUGCCACGUGGAGUUCUGCUUCGUCUGCCUGAAACUAAAGCGUGAAUGUUGCAAAGACAGUUCACCGUAUAAAAUCUGUCCUGCUGGUGUGGCGCCCAGACAGACCUCCAUCCCUGUGUGGCAGAGGAAAUGAAAAGGAAAAUCUGUACCUCGUUAAGCAUUUGAUAAAUGAUUGAUUGCAUUUAUUAAUAUUACAUUACCCUGCAAACUCUUAACAGUUGUUGAUACAUACAAGUCCAAAAUAUGACGCAUGAGUACAAUUUUGAGGUAUUUGUGCUUCACUUGACAAUUUCCACUUAUGUAACUUUAAACUUCUUCUCCACUACAUUUUAGAGGCAAAUAUUGUACUUUUUACUUUUCAGGUCAAGAUUUUAUUAUUAUUAAAUAAAACACAUGAUCAAUUUAAAAUUAUAAUGCAUUUUUAUAAAUUAAAUCACGAAACAGUACAGGGUGUCCAUAAAAUGUAUAACUGAACAAGUUAAAACAGUUUGUUACAAAAGCAAAUGAAACAGACAAAUAUGUGGAAAUUAUUACAAAAUGAGGGGUAGAUAUUGAAGUUUUUUGCCUCAUUUUAAUACACCUCUACAUGCACCAUUAGUUGCACUAAGCACAUCAAGACAGUACUCGAUUUCUUGUUGAGUUCCCUGUAGAGCCUCAUCAAUGGUCCCAAUGGCAUGACUGAUCUUUGUUCAAUACACGAUAUAUUUAACAUAACCCCACAGAAAGAUUUUUUGUUUCAAUAAACCAUGAUACACAUGUUUGUACAGCCAUUUUAUAGGGGUUCAUUUACCACUACUUAUUUCAUUAACAGGGAAGCUGAAAUACACAAAUGCAAUGUGAUUAAACACUCUGAUAACCACUGAGUACAUACAACAAAUCUGAAUAAGAUAUCUCAUCAAUUGCCGUUUUUUUAAGUUGUAAAGACACUUUAUGGACACCCUGUAUAUUAAGUAACUUAACCUACAUUGUAGAUAAAAUGCUACUUAUAUAAAUGCUUCAAAAAUAAUAAUCCAAUAAUAUAUUUGGAAUAUAAAAAAAACAAUCUGAGGAGCAUCAUUCUGCAUAACAAGUACUUUAACUUUUGAUACUUUAAGUCCAUUUUGAUGUUGAUACUUUUGUACUUUUACUUCAGCAACGUUUUGAAUGCAGGACUUUUACUGUAGUGGAGUAAUUCUGUAGUGUGGUGUUAGUACUUUUACUGAAGUAAAGGAUCUGAAUACUUCUUCCACCACUGAUUAUAAAUUGCACAUGGCAAAAAUGUCUGAUAUUUUAUUAGACUGUAAACAGAAAUUACAGUAUUGAGCUACUGAUGUUACUAAUCAUGAAUUAUAUAUCUACAAAGUGAAACAAGUUCAUUUUCAUAUCAGAAUUUCUCGAGAAACCUCAUUCAAUAAAGUCAGUGAAAUG